AAUCCGAAGUGAAGCCAAACGCAGCCAGCGGUGGAGUCGCCUGCGCUCCGCUUCAGACGCUGAGCGAAGAGGAGAGCAUGCUGCAAACCAUGGGUACCUGCUCGGGGCGCAGCGAGGCCAGGGCCGCCUGCCGCAGGGCAGCUCUGCCUCCAGCCUCCUUGCCGUGCUCUCCUUGGAGCUAAGCAUUGCAGUCCUUGUGUGGGAGUGUGCCGCGGGUCAGAAGUGCUUUAGCUGGCAGGAGAAGGUAAUGCUCUUUGUUACAGCUCACCCUAGCAGAGUUCCUCCUGCCACAGAGCAGCUUUCUCUGCAUACGUAAACAUUAACUCUUUCACACCGUGGCUGUUACAGAGGUGAACUUGCCUGGAACUGCCUCCUGCCGUUUCCCGAAGUGUUGAGUUCAGCUACAGUAACUGCUCAGGCUGCUUCUCAGAGCUUUCAGAUGCACUGGAAUGGUGACAGAUGGCAUGUGGUAAAGGAGACUGGCUCAGGAGGGAUCCUUGGAGCAAAAGUGAAAGAGUGAGGACCUGUCCAUCUGAGAGAGAGCUUACAAAGGCUCUGAUGAAGCAGAGACAGCCUCACAGGACUUUGUGCACUCAAAAUAGCAUGAUAAAAGCUGAGACUGUCUUCCCAAGCUGCAGGUUCAGUCCUUGAAGGACCACCAUCUAGCUGACCAAGUAGUGGACAUGUCUGAGAUAUGUCCUGUCCCUGCUCUUUCUUUGCUCAGCGUUCAUAGCAGUCAGUGAGAUGCCUUCCAGGCCUGUGAAUGUGUAGGAAGGAUUUGCUUCUGCUCAGAGAGCUGGAGCUGAGCUCAGAAAGCAGUUACAUCUCCGCGCGUGUGGCACGUCCCCUCCCCUCGCUUGGGCAAGUCGUCCUGAUGAAUUUGUGUGGGAGAGUCAGGGAUCACAGGUCAGAAGCAGCAGGUUGCAGUGGCUCUGAUCUGCAAGAGGCUGCAGAACACUCACAUCCCUGCUUUCUUCUCUUCCUUACAGUGGCAAAGUUUGCUCAGGACCGAGUUGCACCUUUGGUGCAGAAAAUGGACGAGGAUUCGAAGAUGGAAGAGUCUGUGAUCCAGGGACUGUUUGAACAGGGGCUGAUGGCUAUUGAGCUUGGGGAGGAAUAUGGAGGAACUGGAGCUUCAUUUUUUUCAACCAUCUUGGUGGUAGAAGAAUUGGCCAAAGUCGAUGCAGCUGUAGCCCUUCUCUGUGAACUCCAGAACACACUGACAAAUAAGCUGUUUACCACAUAUGGAACAGAGGAGCAGAAGAGAACUUACCUGCCCAGGGUUGCCAGAGAUCUGAUAGGCAGUUUCUGUCUGUCGGAGGCUGGAUCUGGCAGUGAUGCUUUUGCUCUGAAGACUCGGGCUGAAAAGAAAGGGGACUACUAUGUCAUCAAUGGCUCCAAGAUGUGGAUCAGCUUGGCAGAGCACGCAGGAGUUUUCUUUGUGAUGGCAAACACAGAUCCAUCCUUGGGAUACAGGGGGAUUACCUGCUUCAUAGUGGAUCGUGACACAGAGGGGCUCCAGGUGGGGAAGAAGGAGGACAAGCUUGGAAUCAGAGCAUCUUCUACCUGCCCAGUAACGUUUGAAAAUGUUAAGGUUCCUGCAAGCAAUAUCCUGGGAGAGGUCGGCCAAGGCUAUAAGUACGCGAUCGGAAUGCUGAACACAGGCAGAAUAGGUAUUGCUGCGCAGAUGCUGGGACUGGCACAGGGCUGCUUUGACCGCACCAUUCCGUACACCAAGGAGAGAGUCCAGUUUGGGAAGAGCAUCUUUGAUUUCCAGGGGAUGCAGCACCAGAUCGCGCAGGUGGCCACGCAGCUGGAGGCGGCCAGGCUGCUGACCUACAACGCGGCGCGGCGGGUGGAGGCAGGCCAGCCCAUCGUCAAGCACGCCAGCAUGGCCAAGUACUACGCUGCCGAGGUGUACUCGGAGGCAGUCGGAGGGAGAUACUCUGCACACCUUCUCUUUCCAGUGCAGGAAUUACCCACACUGCCGUGAAACCAGGGCACGAGGAGCAGGUACAGAUGGCAUUUUCUGCACUGCACAGUGAGUUAUGCACCUGCACCAACACACACCCCUACCUUGCUGCCCCAAGCAGGCGCAGGUGUCGCAGCCCAGGCUGUCGCACGCAACUCAAGAGGCAUUUGUGGUGCUGUGGUUGUCAGCGUCAAAUCUUGGGCAUUGAGGCAGCUUAGGUAGUUGGGUGUCAAAACAUCUGUUGAGUAGCUGAACAUCUUCCUCAUGAGGAGAGCCUGAGGGAGCUGAGGCUGAGCUGCUUGGAGAGGAGGAGACUGAGAGGUGACCUGAUUAAUGUUCAUCACUAUGUGCAGGGUGAGUGCCAGGAGGCUGGAGCUGGCUCUGCUGGGUGAUGCCCAUGACAGGACAAGGGGCAAUGGGUGGAAGUUGAAGCACAGAAGGUUCCAUGUGAACCUGAGGAAGAAUUUUUAACCUGUGAGGGUGACAGAGCCCUGGCAGAGGCUGCCCAGGGGGAUUGUGGCGUCUCCCUCUCUGGAGAUAUUCAGGAACCACCUGGUAGCAUUCCUGUGUGAUCUGCUCUGGGUGUUCCUGCUGUGGCAGGGGGCCUGGACCAGAUGAUCUUUUGAGGUCCCUUCCAGCCCCUGACAUUCUGUGACUCUCUGUUUCUAUGAAGCUACUGGUGGCUGUGCUGCAAGCUGAGUCCCUUCCUUCCCGUGCUGCGGAAAGCAUUGGGUGCGGAGCGCAUCCUGUCCUGUGUGUGAGCAGAAUUCCCCUGCAGAAGCUGACACCCAGACCGCCAGAGCUGUGCUAGCAGCCAGCCCUCUCUCCUCUAACCACGGAGGGCUGACGCCUGUCUGUGCAUUCCAAAACAGACACCCUGAGCUCCCCACAGCUUCUCUUGCAGGAUGGAAGAGCCUUGGCUAGGGAGCGAGGCCAUUCAUAAACAUAGCCAAGUGCCCUUGCUCCACCUGCAGGCAUCGUUAGCUGGCAGUGAUGGGGAUGAUAGAGGAGAUGGGACCAGCGGCUGAACCCCGACCUUAUCGAUCCUGCCGCCUCUACCCAGCUGAGCUGCCGCGGCCCAGUCAGCUGAGAAGGAACGCAAAGGGCAGGCGCCCCCCCGCUCGGCCCCCCUGCCAUUAAUAACGUUUUCAUCCCUGACAGUGACAAACACGUGGGACUCGAGCAGAGUUUAUUAAGGUCAGUCUAUAAAUAAAAAUUAAAAUCUUAAAGAAUGGGUUUACAGAGGUGAACAGAUGGAUGAAUAAAGUGAUUGCCCAAACAAUAAAUAUGGAAGCAGACAGAUGGAUGGAGGUGCUGGCAGCCACCCCCCGAAAAGCCCUAACCUGCUACCAGACCCUGCUCUCCCCUCCGAUAAAAAAGCAGAUGUAAUGAAGCUGCUGCAGAGCUUACAGGUCUCGUGGAUCUGUGGCCUGACUAAUAUUUUGUCAUCGGAUGCCUAUUCUGCAGGCUGAUAAAAAGGAUUACAGCCAUUUCUCUCUGUCAGGUGUGUAACUGAGUGCUACUAAAAUUUAAAUGUCUCAUCUGU